ACUGUCCACUCCUUCGCCUCGUCCUCGGUGCAGCUCACGGUGCGGCCGCUGAGCCGUACAUGGUGCAGACUUCACUCUCUGAGGCGACAGAGGGCGGAAUAAGAAGCAGCCGAUCAUUUGAGGAACAAACAAGUAGACGUCGAAAGCAGGAAAUACGAGGACGGGUCCCAGUCUGGAAAAGACAAAGAUACCUCUAUUCGCCACGCCCCCACAGCAGUCUUUGGUCUCCGAGGAAAACCUGCAGAGCCUGUCUGAGCCUGCCAUCAACAACAGGUUUAGUGGAGACAGUCCUGCACUCUGCAAUGGCUCUGUUGACCGUGCAUAGGCUCCCAUCCAUCUCCACCGCUCCAGAUGAAAGCCUCCAAAGAAGAGGGAGACUUCAGAAAAGGGAGAGCUUUGCCCUUGUGAAGGGGGCAGUCCUUCUGCUGGAAGACGGCGACGGGGAUGGCCCUGAUGAAGGGACUUUUCCCACUCCACAUUCUCCCGUAAAGGAAGGUGGUGGAGCUCCAGACACAAGGCGCAGACACCUUCAUGCCAUGGUUGAACAUCUCCGACCAGAAGAUACCAUUAAGCUGGCGGUGCAGUUAGAGUCCGUCUCCUCGGUCAGAGUCAGGUAUCUGAUCGUUGUCUCCACCCUCGGAAACAAACAAGAGAGCAUCCUGCUGGGCAUGGAUUUCCCCAAAUCGGACAGCGAUCUUUGCACCAUCGGCCUGGUUCUGCCAGUAUGGAGCGACACACAGGUGUAUCUGGACGGAGACGGUGGUUUUAGUGUGACCACAGCUGAAGAGAUCAGAAUCUUUAAGCCUGUUUCCAUGCAGACCAUGUGGUCAGUGCUGCAGGUUUUGCACGGGUGCUGCGAGCGGGCGGUCAAGGCGGCGGUGAUCCCAGGCAAUGGGCUGGAGUGGGCCCAGUACUACCACCAGCACACCGAGUCAGACCGCCUCUGCCUCAAUGAGUGGGAGGCCAUGAACGACCUGGAGUCGGUCCGCAGGGACAUUAAUGAACAGGGUUCGGCAGAGAGACUGUCCAAUGAGGGGUUGAUCAAAGAGCACCUGAGAGACAUCAUGAGGACCGAAGACUUGGAUAACCUCACGUCUAAAAUGGUGCACUCUGCCCUCGAGACCAGGAUAGGCUUCGACAUGAGACCCUUUAAGGAGUACAUUGACAAUGAGAUCCUGGUCACCAUGGCUCAGAUGGACAAACCCUCCAAAAUAUUUGACUAUCUUUACCUGGGCUCUGAGUGGAACGCAGCUAACUUAGAGGAGCUGCAGAAAAACAAUGUGGGCUAUAUUCUGAAUGUGACGAGGGAGAUCGACAACUUUUUCCCCGAGUCCUUCACUUAUCUGAACAUCAGAGUGUACGAUGUGGAAGCCACCAACCUGCUCCCUCACUGGAAAGACACAAACAACUUCAUCAAAACUGCCAGGGAGAGUGGACAGGCCGUGUUGGUGCACUGUAAGAUGGGCGUUUCUCGCUCUGCUUCCACGGUGAUUGCCUACGCCAUGAAGUACGAGCACUGGCCACUGGAUAUGGCGUUGGCCUAUGUGAGGGAUUGCCGGUCCAUCAUCAAGCCCAAUGAAGGCUUCAUGAAACAGCUGCAGACCUACAACGGCAUCCUCAAUGCAAGCCAGCAGCGUCACAGCGCACUCUGGAGGCGAAAGUCGAGAGACCAAAGACAAAAGUCAGUAUGCCAGGAGGAGGGAGGGGAGGAUGGAAAGCCAGAUGAGGAAGAGGAGGAAGAGGAGGAUGACUUUGAGCUGAGUUAUGACGAGGAUGAAGAAAGUCCAGAUGAGAAAGAUUCUGGAAGCCCAGAUGAAAAACAAAUUCCAGAGGGGGACAAAGAGGUAUUUGAAGAGCCCACCCCCCAAUCUGACACCAACCAGGGAGAGACAGGAUCACCUGUUAUCACAGUUACUGAACCGAACAAGGUGGCUCCGAGCGUUAAUCGCAGUGGCAGGAUGAACCUCUUCUCCCUCAUGCAGUCCAUCAGUGAUGAGGAUAAAGGAAGAGAACAGCUGCUUGGCAGUCCGAGGCGGUCUCCAGUGCAGCGGAGGUGUAGCCAAGGGCGACGGGGUCUGAUUCACCAGAGAGCAUAUGUGGACGUUUCACCUGAACCACGAAGCCUGCCAGAUGCCAGUCAGAGCAAACCCUAAAGUUAUCAAAGAGACGGAAGAGUGGGGAGUUACUGGAGGGUGGGGGAAUCUUGAAUGAGGCAGAGAGGGGGAAAUAGAUGGAGGGGGAAAAAUCUCUUCAUUUCUUUUUGUACACUGAUACACUUUGGCUUUAUAUAUUAGAUUAAUUAGAUGAAGAAAGUUUUUAAUUUAUGUUCCAUUAUAUAUUUCUGUUCAUAAUAUUAUAACUGAAGGUUCACUGUUGAUGAAACGAUCUUGCUGUCAUAUUGCUAUACCAAUGAAAGCCAGGAAAUCUGAUGGCUGAAGUCAUUAUCAGUGUCCAUCGCUGUAUUAUGAUGUUUUUUUCUGUGUUUUUAGAACAUAUCCUACCACAUACAGACCUACCGGUCUCUCCCUCCCCCCUUGUUCCCUCUUCCCUUCCACAGCUCUCGCAUCACCACUCUAGAGAUGAUAUCUAUGCAAUAACCUUUUUCUUUUCCUCUGUAAAUAUGAGGCUGUAUGCUGCCAAUCCAAGGUAGAUGGUUUUAAAUUUUGUUUUCAUAUUCUCUCUCAUGUUAAUUGUUCACAGAUGGGAGUAUUUCAAUUUAUCUAAGCUGUGCAUCACGGGCCAAGUCAGGGCCAGUUUUAUGGCACAAGCCUGUUUGCCAAACAGUGUGUUCCAAUGUGCCAAUGAUCAUAUUAAAUUAAAAGUCUUUAUCAAGUCAGUACAUUAAGAACAAUGUCACCCAUUUUAAUUUUAUUCAUUCUAUUUAACACCAGGGCUGUAGGAGUGCCUUCAACGUUAGAAUGAAAUACAAAAUAUGAAUGACUGGUGUUUUUAAUGUUUUUACUAUGAGGUGGUGGCUGCAUAUUGUAUGAGUCUUGUGCUGUUUCUCUGAUUACAGUAUCAAUGUGACUGCCCAAAGUGUUAGCAUGUAUGCAUAUAUACAGAGUAUAGAUGUAUCAAAAAAGAAUUGCUGGGUGCAUGUUAUGUGUUUUUAUACCAACAUGUGAGAGAAAAAUGUUCAGGGUUUUCUCAUAUAUUUAUAUUGACAUUUAAUGGAUUGAGGUAAAUUAUUCAAAAUACUGUUUUCAGACCUACGAUCACUGGAUGCUGAAGUGGAAUAUUCUACGUUCAUGCUGGUAUUUUUUGUUUAAUCCAGUGAACCCAAGCUAAAGCCUAUUUACUUCAUUUAACCUGCACUUUAUAAUCCCAACGUACACUGUCCCCACUGCCUGAGCCAACAUCACACUGUACUACGAAAAAGUCUCUUUUUUUCCUUUUUAAAUCUUGUCCACAUCUCUAAGCUCUUUUGUGUUAAGCUCUCUACUGUCUGCACCUCACUCUUGUUUACAACAAACACUAUGAGUGGAAAAAUAAAUUAUCAUACUCAAACCAAAUGCUUUGUUUCCUGAUAAUACACCAGAGGAUGCAAGGGGCGAUGUC